GAGACUGGGGCUGAGAGACGAAUCGAAGAUGAAUGACAGAUAUAACAUCCACAGUCAACUGGAGCAUCUUCAGUCGAAGUAUGUUGGUACUGGCCAUUCGGACACCUCAAAGUUCGAGUGGCUUGUGAAUCAGCAUCGUGAUAGCGCGGCGUCUUACAUCGGACACGAGAAUCUACUGGAUUACUUUGCAUUGGUGGAGAAUGAGUCAAAAGCUAGAGUUAAAUUUAAUUUGUUAGAGAAAAUGUUACAGCCCUGCGGACAUCCCCCUCAAAGACCUGAAGAAACAUGAAAAUAAAGAAUGUGGCAGACAUUUUGAAUAUAACAUCUGUAUGUGUAUUGUAUCUUUUUUGCAAGCUACAUAAAGCUGUCCAUACCAUUAAGUACUUUUGAUUUAAAGAUAUUUUUGAGAAAUUUUAAGUAUAUUAUACAUUACAUUGUACAAAUACAUAAAAUACAUUGUAAUGAAAAGCUCAGUACACUA